AUGGUUGCUCCUAGCAAUGUCUCAACAUCUACUGUAUUAUCAGCAUUGAUUGCCAAUCUGAUAGUUUGUGGUAUUUUCAUUGCAUGUUUCCUAUUGUUAAGAUUUCCAUUCAAACGUAUCUAUAGUCCUAAAUCAUCAUAUGAUCUUGUCCCCGAGGAAAAGAAACCAGAACCGUUGCCCAAGGAUCCUUUCAGUUGGAUAUUUAUCCUUUUGCGUAAACCAGAAACUUUUAUCUUACAACAAGCUGGUUUAGAUGGAUUUUUCUUUUUAAGAUAUCUUAAAAUAUUCGCCUUUUUAUUUUUAUUUGGUUUAUUAACAUUCAUUAUUCUUCUACCUGUGAAUGCUACAAAUGGUAAUGGUAAUCAAGGAUUUGAUCAAUUGUCAAUUGCAAAUGUGAAAGAUCCUAAAAGAUAUUAUGCUCAUGUUUUAGUUGGUUGGUUUUGGUAUGGUUCAGUCAUCUUUGUUAUUUAUAGAGAAUUGUUCUUCUUCAAUUCCAUGAAGAAUGUUGUAGCAUCAUCUCCCAGAUAUGCCAAAAAACUUUCUUCAAGAACCGUCUUGUUUCAAUCUGUUCCUAAUGCAUUGCUAGAUGAGAAACAAUUUUUUAAACUCUUCAAUGGAGUUAAACGGGUUUAUGUUCCAAGAUCAACUAAAGAAUUAGAGAAAAAGAUUGAAAAGAGAGCGGAGCUUGCAAAUCAACUCGAACUUGCUGAGAAUAAACUUUUGAAAAUGGCAGUUAAGAGACAAUUGAAAGCGGAAAGGAAGAAUGAAAUAUUGGAACCAAGGGAUGAAAUCAGUGCUUAUGUUCCUGAAAAGAAAAGACCAAAGGGUAAGAUGAAUGGAUUCUUCUCUAGAAAAGUUGAUAUUAUUCGUCAUUGUCAAGAAGAAAUUCCAAAGUUAGAUAAAGAAGUUAGGAAAUUGCAAAAGAAAUUCAGACGCUCUACUCCAUAUAAUUCUAUUUUUGUUGAAUUCGAUAAUCAAUAUUAUGCCCAAUUAGCUUAUCAAUCUACUGUUCAUCAUAAUCCUAUGAGAAUGAAACCUUGCUUUAUUGGAAUUGAACCAAGUGACAUUCAAUGGUCAAAUUUACGUUUGUUUUGGUGGGAAAGAAUAGUGAGAAGGUUCCUAGCAUUUGCAGCUAUUGCUGCUGUUGUCAUAUUCUGGGCUAUACCUGUCGCAUUUGUUGGGGUUAUUUCUAAUAUCACUUAUUUGACUGAAAAAGUUUCUUGGUUAAGAUGGAUUCUAAACUUACCACCUUCAUUAUUGGGUAUUGUCACAGGUAUCUUACCAACUGCGAUGUUAGCCAUUUUGAUGAUGAUCUUGCCUAUGUUUAUAAGAGGAGUGGCUGUGGUUUCAGGUUGUCCAUCGGUUCAAUCAAUUGAAAUAUUUACUCAAAAGUCUUAUUUUGCAUUCUUGAUGGUUAAUGGUUUCUUAGUUACUGCUUUGGCUUCAUCUGCAACCGCAACUGUAACUAGAGUUAUUGAAGAACCUACUUCAGCAAUGAGUAUCUUGGCAAGUAAGUUACCUUUGUCUUCCAAUUUUUACAUUUCCUACUUAACUUUACAAGGUCUUUCAGUUGCUGGUGCAUCGUUGCUUCAAGUUGUUGGAUUAUUUUUGUAUUAUAUUCUUGGUGCUUUGUUUGACAAUACAGUGAGAAAGAAGUGGUCAAGAUUUAGUGUCUUGGGAUCUAUUAAAUGGGGUACAGUUUUCCCAAUCUUUACUCAAUUAGCAUGUAUCACACUUACGUAUUCAGUUAUUUCACCACUUAUUAUUUUGUUUGCUUGCGCCAUGUUCUUUUUAAUUUACAUUGCAUAUUGUUAUAAUUUGACAUAUGUUUUUGUUGAAAGUCCUGAUGUUAGAGGAAUGCAUUAUCCAAAGGCUUUAUUCCAAACUUUUACCGGUAUUUAUAUUGGUCAAAUCUGUAUGUUGGGUAUAUUUAUUGUUGGACAAGGGUGGGGUCCAAUUGUUUUGCAAGCUAUUGGAUUAUUAGCAACUGUUUUCUGUCAUUUACAUUUAAAAGAAGGAUUUGAUCACUUGCUUGAAGAAAUCCCAGUAGAUUGUAUGAGAGCCCUUGAUGGUGUUUCUGAUACUCCAUCAUACAGCGGAUAUUCCGAAUAUGAAGAAAAGGUUCUUAGACCAAGAAGAAAAGUCCAAGAACCCAGACUACAAGAAAGUGUUGAUGAAAAGAAAGGUGGUAGUGUCCAUUCAGAAGAUCUUGAACUGAAUGAAGAAAGUUACCAUGUUGGUACUACUCAUGUUCCACUCUUGGCUGAUCGAGAUUUCAAGAAAUUGGAGUCAAAGAAUCCAAUUAUACGUUUCUUAAGACCGGAUAUCUUUUUAAAUUUCCGUCACACUAAAAGGGUUUUACCAGUUAGUUAUAAUAUGGAACCUGAAGAAGAAGAUAAUAAACAUGCUUAUGAUCCACCAGCAAUUUCAGCAAAAUGUCCAAGUGUUUGGAUUCCGAAAGAUAAGAUGGGUCUUUCUGAUAUUGAAAUUGAAAGAUUGAAAGGGAUAGUUGAUAUUAGUAAUGAAAACACAGCCUUUGAUGAAACGGGUAAUUUUACAUUCCUUGAUAAACCACCAAAUUAG